CUGGAUAGGCAAAUCGAACAAGGGCUGCAAUGGUGCAAUUCCGCAGCCUUGGUGCCAAUUUGUCAGGCCAACCCUACACUUCCCUACAACGAACAUCACCUGUGCAUUCGUCCCAUCGAAAUACGACCGGAAAAUUCCAUCAUCCUAGCGAGAAGAUACUCAAGAAAGCUCACCUACCACGACUCAGAGGAAAGCGAGUCCAAUAUAGAUGCCACUUAUAUUCAUGAUUACAACAGUCCGAUCCUCAGAAGAAAAAAUCCGCCGUCUUUAUCCAAGUCGAAGUCGGUUGACUGUCCGCACAAGACUGGAAAUACCAAUAGGUCAAUAGUGCAGACUACCAAAGUCACAUUCACGAAGUCUUCACCGAAUGUGAAUAAUAGCAGCCUGGAACAUAGAGGAGCGAGAGUGUCCAAGUUCUCGGCCAUUAUCAAGAAGCUAGACAAUAAAGCCGCAACUUUGCUGAAAGUGACUAAUAAGACUGUGGGACUAUGCAGCAAAAAUAGGGCUCCUAGUCGAAACUCUACUUAUAACAACAAUAAUAACAGUAUUUCGAUAAGUAAAUCUCUAUUAUCUCAGACCGGAGAUAAGGCGGUAUUCUCAAGUGCACUUAGUGAUAAUAGUAUUAGAGAGCCGCAUGUUUUCACUAAUAGCCCAACAAGCGAGUUAGUUCUAAGGAAACCUUUGUCGAACAACAACCCUGACAAUGUGACUAUCAACAGCCGAGAACAGCCAAGACAGAGAACUAACUACAGCCGGCCACCUGAAGAUUUGCUAAUAGCAAAUAAUGCUGAUGCGGAUUUGCCGAAUAAAAACAUCGUGACCGCGUUUAAAACCACUGACACUAAUAACGAAUCAAUCGCUGUGAUAUCUGCAAAUACGAACUUGGUGCAAUCGAAUGAACUAGACAGCAGAACCUCAGAAGUGCUUCAGAAUCCACCAGCUGCAAAAGACAAUUUCAAUUUUCGCAAAAUGUUGCUGAGCGGCUUAAGAAUGAAAGAACGAUUUGUGUUGUGCGCGAGUGUUAUUGCCGUGUUAUUCACGUUGAUGUUAAUAAUGGAUAUUCAGAUGGACUUGGGCCUGUCCAGGAAACAUCUGGUUCCUUCCCAUGGACGAAUUAAAACCGUCAUCAACGAAGAGGGUCCGGAAGCGGCAUAUCACAGUUUCAAAAAUCGCCUCUUGCAGAAAACUCACAGUGGCAUCAGCAUGAAUAUUUCGAAGGAAAACUUGCCCAAUGAAACCGCUCUUCUUCGAGGUGAGGCUGGACGGCAAUCGGGUGCUGAUCAGAUGCAGAAUCAGGUUUCGAACAAGGAACAAGAAGAUGAUUUCAGUGAUCUUUUGGACUAUUUGAUGCUGGAUACGUACGAAAGGGGCAAGUUUAGAGCGGAUUUGUCGCGGAUUAAUCCGGUGGUGGCCGCUGAGGAGACGAAAUCGAAGAAUCCGACCAUUGGAGAGCUGAAGAAUAUCAAUCUUGAGAAAAAUGCAACCACAUUGGAAAAGUUCCACAUGCAAAUAUCCCAACAUGAGCUCUACUCGAAAGAUUGUCCGCUGGUUGAUGAACUUUUGAGGCAGAUGCAAACCGAAACUGUGCUGCAUGUUGCUCAGAAAUCCGGAGGAACGCAGCUGAAGCUGGUCAUUGAUUACCCGAAUGAUUUGCAGGCGCUGUUCAAGCCGAUGAGAUUUCCACGUGAACAGCAGACCCUUCCAAAUCAUUUUUAUUUCACCGACUACGAGAGACACAACGCAGAGAUUGCCGCAUUCCAUUUGGACAGGUAUGGAGGCACCCAUGGCGACGUUCCUACCACAAAAGACGGAAAGCGCAAUGGGAAACCGAUCCGAAUUAUUGUCAGCUGGUGCGAGAAAUCCCGCCUUAUGAUCGACAUCGCCGACUGUUUGAUUUGAUGGACAUGUCCGUUUUCGAUUUCCUUAUCGGAAAUAUGGAUAGGCAUCACUACGAAACAUUCAGAUUGUUUGGCAACGAUACAUUCACGCUCCACCUGGACCACGGGCGCGGUUUCGGAAAACCCUUCCACGAUGAAAUAUCGAUAUUGGCCCCCUUGCUGCAAUGCUGCCUGAUUAGGCAAUCGACAUUGGAAAUUUUAAUAAAAUUUCACAAUGGCCCCGAAAAGUUGAGCGACGCAAUGAGGAAAAGCAUGUCCAAAGACCCGAUCGCCCCUAUUUUAUGGGAGCCCCAUUUGGUGGCGCUCGACAGGCGAGUCGACAUCAUUUUGAAAGGAAUCAGAGACUGUUUGCAAAAAGGGGAAGAUCCUCUAUUGGAUAGUAGCGAUAAAAUAGAGGACGCCUAGCACAGAUUGUAACAGUUUUAGUGAAUUGUUCAGUGUAAAAUACCCGUUCUGAUAGAUUUUUGGGGUACCAGAAGGAGUUUUCCAUCAUUUAUCAAAUACUUCGUUUCCACGUGGAAAGAUGACAUGGUAUUUGCUCAAGGCAUUGUCGCAGUUUAUUAAUAUCAAGGGCUUUCUUGAUUUUUCAAUGGAUCCUCUAUGGCUAAUCAACUGUCUUUCAAAAACAAAUUGAAAUUAUGAAAAUUGGUUAGCGGAAUAAAACAACAAAGAAAGCCGAUUUAAUGGGGCCCAACUGCUUGGAAAAGCACGCCAUAAUUAAUCAAACAUGUAAAAGGCGACUACAUCAAUGAGUGUUAAUAUUGAACACUAAAUUAAUUUUCAAUGGAAACGUAAUUCAGUUAUGAAUUAGCAAAGUUAUUCAUUGCAUUAGGUUACUAGUCUUUUUUAGGUUGGUGCUGCGUAUUAUUUAAUUGCGGUUUUAUUAGUAAGAUUAAUUAUUUAAGUAUUGAACAAUUUGUUGAUUAAUUGUUAAAUUGCAUUGGAAUAUUCUGUGCGCCCUAAACCCACAUAAAACUGUAAGUUCAGUUGAAAAUGAGCAAAACACUUCGAAUCCGCUGCUUUAUUAGAGCCCGCAUUAUCAUUUGUUGGGCGCCAAGAGUUUCCAAAUUAAACAUUUAAGAUAAAUAAGUAAUUUUGUUUACUCAACUUCAGUUUUAAAAAGUUGACUUCUC